GGCGACGACGGAGGUGGUGGCGAAUUGCGGACGUUGUCGUCGGGGCGCGCGGAGAGUGAAAGAUCGUGAGAGGCGAGAUUUUCGAGUGUCCGAUCCGGUUUCGUUCCGUCAUCGGUCAUAGUCGAGAGAUCCUACACUUAUAAGAGUGACGAUCGUGCGACGACGACAAUGAAGAUACGCCUGUACAUUGAUUAAUCGCGCAUACCGUGUGCUCCGUGAAUGUAUGUAUGUACGCGCGACGUGGAGACCGAGAACGGCGAGCUGUCAAACCCCAAAUGCUUACUCGCAAAGAGAUGAUGGUUUAACGAAGGGGAUAACGGAAAGAAGCAAGUACGGGAAUGGGAGAAGGAAUGAUACGUAGGGAUAGGAAUCUCGCGUAAAAGGAAGAAUAUCCCGCGUGAAGUAGCGCUGGAUCGAAGCCGGAUUACAUAUAUAAACCAAACAAGGUGCUGUUUACAGGCCUCUCGUACCCUAUCUCGCGGACAUGCUAUACUAUACUUUUCUAAUGUUUAGUAUCGAGAAGGACCGCUGUUAGUUCGGUGUGUUGUCUAAAUCCGCCAUUGGGCGCUAUAUAUGCCCCACUCCAUUGUACUCUAUUCUGAUUCGCCGAGUCGUUAUACCUUUUCGCUCACAAGUGCAAGAGUGAGUAUUCGCGUUUGACGAGGAACGCGAUAGGAGCCGCCGUUCACCUCCGUCGCGACGACGUUGUCGAGAGCGUGAAGGACGGGAAGCGGCAGAGAAAGAGAGAGAGAGAGGGAAAGAAAGGGAAAGGGCGCAUGCGCAAGAGCGAGCGAGAGUGGGAGGCAGAUAGGUAGAUAAAGCGAGAGAGGGAGAGCGAGGCGUGCGAAAGAUCCGUGGAUACGGCGGGGUGUCUGGCACCCGUGCGUGAAUCACGCCUCAGAAACGCUCUCUCUCUCUCUUUCUUUUUUUUUCUCUCUUUCUGCUCCUCGCCGUCGUCCUCGAAUGCGUCCCCCGUGCUCGUCACGACAUUGACCUGUGCCGCCGCCGGACGCCAUCGCCGACGACAGUCAGUCAGCAUCAGCAGCGGCGAUCGAGGGAGAGUAGCAGCCAGCCAAGCGGCGUCUCUCUCUCUCUCUCUUUCUCGCGUCUGCCAAGGGACACCCACGAGGAAGAUUCCAGGUCUUCAUCCUCGCUGAUAUUAUCACUGGUCGUCAUGAUUGGUUUUGUUCAGGUCUCGCGACCGGUACUGAGAAUUCUAUGAUGAAGGGUGUCGUUACAGUGCGGUGAAAGAGAGAACACCUACACCUGUAAAUCCAUCUACCGGGUGUGCCUUUCGAGAAUCGAGGAUUCCAAGAUUAGCGAGACUGGAAAUUCGGUAGCAACGUCGUCGUCGUCGUCGGUGACGGGGCUCGAGGGUUUCCUCUUCGAGGAGAUUAUCGUGCUAUUGAAAGUGAAAGUUGCGAGAAGGACGAGAGGGGUGCGGUAUAUCUAUUCAAGUAUAUAUAGACUCGCGCGUUGACAGAACGCGGGUUCAAUUAAAGACGUAGAGACGCAGCAACGGAGGAUAGACUGGCAACAAAGGAACAGAAGCGGAUACAACAUGUCAGAUGAGGAAGACAAACCCCCGGCACCCCCUGUUCGAUUGACAUCAAACAGGGGGGAAUCAGCGCCUAAUUUACCAGUGGACAUGCGUCCGCUGCCUAAGGAGCCGGAUUCUGAUGAACGCAAGAAGAAGACGUUGAAGGGUAAAAUAAAGGUGAAGGAGAACAAACCGAAUAUUAGUUACCCCACGAACUUCGAGCACACCGUGCACGUCGGAUUUGAUGCUGUGACCGGCGAAUUCACGCUGCCAUUAAAAGGUAUGCCGGAGGCAUGGGCAAGAUUGCUUAUGUCUAGCAACAUUAGUAAGCAGGAGCAGAAGAAGAAUCCACAGGCUGUGUUGGAUGUAUUAAAUUGGUAUGAUAGUAGCAGUAAGGAGGCGAAAGGCUCCAAGUACAUGACCACAACUAAAAUGGUAGGAGUUGUUGAUAAAACCUUUUUAGCUCCAAUCGAAAGGGCGAGUAGUCCCCGAAGUAUGGGGAUUGGUAUCGGCACGGGUGUGGGAAAUAUUCGCGGCCAAGCAAUGUCCCAGGCAUCUGGAAGCUCUCACUCCCAGCAUUCGUUGAGCAGGGUAAGCAGCAGUAGUCCAAGUAGCACGCCGACGGAUGCGUGUGCGACCAGUUCGGAACAGGAGGAUGAGCCGCCGCCUCCACCGAUCUCCGCCCGGCCGGAACGUACGAAAUCGAUCUAUACGAAACCUAUAGAAGAGGAACCACCGCCACCCCUGACGACUACGCUGGGUUCGCCGCAACGAAACGGCAUGCAACAGCAGCAACAUCAAUCUCAGUUAGAUAGGAAUAAGAAUCAAGCGACACCGACGUCAACAACGACUGAUCAGACGCGACCGGCACAAGGUGACAAAGCUAGAAAGAAGAAAAUGUCAGACGACGAAAUACUAGAAAAGCUUAGAACAAUUGUGAGCGUAGGAGAUCCUAAUAGAAAAUAUACGAAAAUGGAAAAGAUCGGACAAGGUGCUUCGGGAACGGUGUAUACAGCGAUAGAAACGUCCACUGGCAUGGAGGUUGCAAUAAAACAAAUGAAUCUAUCGCAACAGCCAAAAAAAGAGCUUAUUAUAAACGAGAUUCUGGUAAUGCGGGAGAACAAACAUCCGAACGUUGUAAAUUACUUGGAUAGUUAUUUAGUCGGGGAAGAACUGUGGGUAGUCAUGGAAUAUUUGCCAGGUGGCAGUUUGACAGAUGUUGUGACCGAGACUUGUAUGGACGAAGGUCAAAUUGCCGCAGUGUGCAGAGAAGUACUGCAGGCACUAGAGUUCCUUCAUUGUAAUCAGGUUAUACACAGGGACAUUAAGUCCGACAAUAUCCUUCUGGGUCUAGACGGAGGGGUGAAGUUGACAGAUUUUGGCUUUUGCGCGCAAAUCUCGCCAGAGCAGAGCAAACGGACGACGAUGGUCGGCACGCCGUAUUGGAUGGCGCCAGAAGUGGUGACACGAAAGCAGUACGGACCUAAGGUUGAUAUAUGGUCAUUAGGAAUAAUGGCGAUCGAGAUGAUCGAAGGGGAACCACCGUAUCUGAAUGAAAACCCGUUAAGAGCGUUGUACUUGAUCGCGACGAACGGCAAGCCGGAAAUCAAGGAAAAGGAUAAAUUGUCGGGUAUAUUUCAAGAUUUUCUAGAUCAGUGUUUGGAGGUUGAAGUGGAAAAACGGUCCGCGGCUUCCGAACUGUUGAAGCAUCCUUUUCUGAAAUUAGCCAGGCCACUAGCGUCAUUAACACCUUUAAUAAUGGCAGCGAAGGAAGCUGCCAAAGGUCAUUAAAAGAGGCAGUGGUGCGAUUAGAUUGUAAUCGUAAGAGACAUGAGAGUGCGGUUAUGCAAACGCGAUGCGAAAAAAAGAAAGAAAUAAUGAAUCACCCUCCCAAAACGGAAACGGCACAAUAAUUCAAUAAUAUAUAAUAAAUAUAAACGUAUAUAUAUAUAUAUAAAUGAAUAAAUAUACAUAUAUAUAUAUACAUGUAUAUAUGCAUACAUAUGUGUAUAUCGUACGUGAAUAUUAUUUUAUUUGCGGCGUCAUGUAUAUGUAUACACAUAUGCAUGCAUAUAUUCAUUAUGUAUGCAUAUAGAUUGAUAGAUAGAACAUAUACGAUACCGUGAUGGAGUAUCGAGAGAGCGGUUGCACAGUUAAAAAAAUGCUCGAUUCUUGCAUCUUGCGAGUGCGAACAACAAAAUUAAAUCAGAAAAAGCUAUGAGCGAUCUGAUGGUAGAGAUCUUGUUUUCCUCGAUAAAAAAAUCUAAUUACAGUUGGGGCGUGUAAAACUGAACUCAAAAAAGUCUUAGCUUAGUUUUGGAAGGAAAUAAGAAAAUGAAACAUGUUUCACAAUGCAUGCGCUGUUGCCUGAGAUGAGCUUUUGCCACAAUUUUGAUGGAUUAUCAUCGAGGAAACAUAAGCGCGCACGCUCGCGCGAUCGUCGGUUAUUUUCUAAAAAUAUAAAACUAGUAUUAUAUUAACUCUCUAAAAAAAGAAAGAAGAAAAUUCAAAUCGGGGAGAGAGAGAGAGAGUUAGCAAGAAACGCAUAUUAUUUAUAGCGCGAGAAUCUUAAUAGAUAAUACCACAAACAAAUGUGUGAACAAGUGCAUAGGACCUAUUCUAAUAUAUUAUUGUUUAAUGAGAGAUCGUAGACAGAAAGAAGAUUGGUCUUCGUGUCGGACUUGUAUUUUUCGACAGAGAUUAAGGAAGCGGUGAAGCAGAGCAAUAUGUUUUUGGUGUGUUUUGAUCCGAUUAGCGCGACGAAUAGAUGUGUAAACGAUAGAAUAUAACUUGUUUUCAAUGUUCUCAAGAAUUACGUACUGAUUAUUGAUUAUAUUUGAUUCGUUGUUGAUUCAGUUUCCUUAUACUGAAGAGAGAAAUUAUUUUAGCAAUUAUUUUCCACGUAUAAAAAUAUCGCAAUUUAUAUGUUGGCGUUUACAAUAUAGAGAAAUUGGUUCACUUGUGUUCUGAGCCGAUUGCGUAAGAAUUGCAUAUCCGUUUGAGGCCGCUAACUUAGAGCUUUAUGACGAAGAUGAAUACUUUUUCUCAUUUGCACCGUUAAAAAAAAGAAAGAGAAAGAGAGACACGUGUUAAGACAUGAAACUUACCAAGAUUUACUAUUUAGUCGAUAAGAACAUCUUUCCGAGGGCAAAAUGUUUGUCUGCAUCACGUGUGUUCUUCGCUGUAAGUCCAACGUAACUGUCUUUAACGUGUCUUGCAGAACAAAAAGGAAAGAAAAGAUGAUAGAAACGAUUGAUAUGAAACUGUAAAACAAGGUUCAGACGUAGAAGCAUUUUGUGACACUAUAAAGUGCCUGUCUUGUCGUUUAGAGACGUGAAGAAGAAAAAAAAAGAAAACUCGCGUUAGAUUUCUUAUGAACCACCGUAUUACGAUUUACGAUACGUAAUAUUUCGUUUUAGCACCAUGAGAGAGAAGAGAAAAGAAACAAAUAAUCGAAUACACACACAUACAUAUAUAAUGGAGUUGAGUUGUAUUGUACGUUUUGUGUAGAAGGAGUUGUGGUUCCGUAUGUAUGGUUGUAUUUGCAUCGAACAUUAUCGAGAUAUGUCUUUCCUAAUAUUGUAUUAUAUAUCAUCCGAGCAUCAUUGCGUCAUCGAAGAAAACGAAUAUCUUAGAAGUACAUUUAGUUAUCUUAGGUAAUACCGUGACUAUUAGAUUUUCGUAUCAUCUUUUUUUUUAUUUUCCUCAUUUUAUGUACGUCGUCCAUUAUUCGACUGAAAUAUCUGUCGCGUGAAAGCCCCAAAAAGAAGUAAAGAAAGGUGAUAGCCUAUUGAUGAACAUCAAUGAUAUAAAGCAUAGAUAGAAUACGAGCCGGCAAGAAUGUUAAUUCCGGGUUUCCUCAAUUUCAUAGGUGCAUUUGAUAGAUUUUUUACCGACAAAAAGGAUGCCACAAACCCUAAUGCGCUACGAUCAACAGUUUUCGAGAUAUCGAUGUUUCAAAUGCUUUACCUCUAGAAAAUGAGUUAGGUUUAAGUGACCCUGUGACCCCAACACAACUCUGACACGACACUUCCCCUUCCCUUCACUCACCAUAAUAUUUGUUUUUAUAUUACAAUCCUUGUUUGACAUUGUGUUAUUAUUAUUCAUACCUGUACUAUACGAUUCUAAUGUACAUUAGGCAGUAUAUAUUUAUGUUUCUUUGUUACAGUAUGAUACAAAAAUUUUGAAAUUUUGAUAUAUUUUUUUUAAAUCAAUAAAUUUUUUUUUAAUAAAACAGAAAUUCCUUGCGUGGACGCAGUGGGUUCCGCCCCCCCUCCCCUCCUACGGAGGGGUUCCACUUGCGGAAGAUAUAACCUAACCCAAACCUAUGUCCCAGGAGUGAAUUAUUACUAAAAAAUAUACACAUAUUUAACCGUUCAUUGAAAUUAUAUUGUAUGGUAUAUUUAAUAACAUUCUUUUGUUAAUAACUCUUUAAUAAAUAUCAACCAACAACUAAAUCCUUUUGGAUGUUAUUCAGGGUCAUGACUUUAACAACAUAUAUCAACAUCAACAUCAUCCGUGAGAUUGCCCACUUCAUGCACAAUUAUUUAUAUUUUUUAAGAUAACUCGAAAACUAUUGAUCGUAACGCAUUGUCAUUUGCAGCAUUCUUUUUCUCAGUAAAAAAUCUAUCAAAUGCACCUAUCAAAUUGAAGGGCCCCGGAAAUAACAUUUCUCCCUACGAGCCAGUUUGCAGAUCUUGAUGCAAAUAAAUUUUUUAUUGUAAUCAAUACAAUCAUAAGACGAUUUCGAAUGUGAGAAUGUCGGAAUUGUAGAAGAAUUAUUUGUAAACUUUUCUCUAGGGCAAGAAGAGAAAAAAAAGAAAUGUCGAGGCUAAGAAGAAAAAAAAUCUUCUCUAAAUAAACAUUCGCGUUCCAUUUUGAAUAAUCCGAGCUCGACGUUCUUCUUUUUUCCUUUCGAGUUUCGAAAAUACAUGAGUAACACGUACUUGCCCGAUUUCCGGUUUUCGCGCGGUGGAUAGAUGACUCUCGGUCGACGAGGUUUUUUGUUAUACAUGUAUGUAUAGGACUCGUAUAUAAAUUAAUAUUAACUAAAACCAUGUGAAAAUAUGAUUAUGAUAGUUAUAAAUCGAGAAAUUAACGAUACACUUAUAUUGCAUACGAAAUGAGAUGAAAGAAGGAAAAGAAGGAGAAGCUCGUAUAUUAUUUGAUAAUCGAACGAUACGUAUCCACUUUUCGACGAGUUUAUUUUGUUCUACUUCCUUUUUUGUAGUAUCAUCUUUUGAAGAAAAGCCUGAUUAGAUUUUUAUAAUGUUUGACUGUACUUGAUCGAGAAAGAGCGGAAGCAGCUCAGUUUAUAUUGACAUUCACGAUCGAAUUUAAGGUCGAUAUGCCGAAGGAAACUUGAUGCAAUUUAUUUUUAGAGGGAUUUCAGGAACCAUGUGAAAUAGAAUAUAUUAAUUAAAUUUCCACUUUCUCUUUUCAGUAUUCCGUGCGAACGUUUCGCAUUAAUCUCCGCUUCGGCGUCCGUCUUUAAAAUCGAUCGGAUUGUUGACAAGAGACAAAAUAACGUGCGCACGUCUUAGUAUUAACGAAAGAAAAAAGUAUGAGUGUGUAAAAAAAAUAUAUAAAAAUAAAGAAUGGUGCGAUCCCCAGGGUUAAAGUUGACGAUCAGAAGCACUAAGAAGAGCGAGGUCCUGCAUUUUCACAAAUAUCUCGGCGCGACUUUCUCCUCUAUUUACAUUUUUUUUUUGCGGCAGUUAUAUUUUAACAAAUAUAUACUA